AUGGGCGAGGAACAUGUACCUGACUCGACACAAAACGAGAUGCAAGCCGAACCACCGCAUGAGGCAAUGCUGACAUCAACGGAUGACCUUGAAACGGCAGAAGAGCCAAGUGGAUUGAAUCCAAUGCAAAACCAAUUCUCCGUUCCCAAGCCGCCAGAGCCUUCUCAUGCUCCGGAAAACCACAGAAAUCCCAGUCACAGCCGUGGAUUAUCUAGAGGCACCUUGCAGAGUUCAGUGUCACCAAAUGUUGCACUUGGACUCUCUCCAGAUUUUGAAGGCUCUCAGAGGCCAAGUCCACGUGAACGAGCUGAUUAUGGAAGGCUGCUUUCUACGGAGAGUGUAUCACAGCGGAGCGAAAAGGAAGAAUUCCAAGAUAUCUUCUCAGAACUCAUGACGGGGACCGAGCAUGAGGUUGCUUUUCUUAUCCGAAAUUACGCUCAAGUUAUUGCUCCCUGGUUGGAUGUUUCUGACAUGGGCAAAUUCUUCGCGGUCCUGGUGCCAAUCCGCGCCAUCAAUUGCAAUGCACUGAAAUAUUCUAUUGCGGCUUUAUCAGCAAAACAACUCGGUCGGGUAAAAGGUGCCAAGUCCUCCGCCGGAGGUGGCAUGUUCACCAGUCCUGCAACAACGGAGGUGUAUCCAAAUUCGGCCCAGGUCGACUGGUACCUCAAGGCAGCCAAUUACUACUACUUGGCUGUUUCAGAUCUCAACAGCUCGACCUCUGAUGGGUAUACCCUGGUGUCCAGCUCGGCUGUCUUAGAUUCGCCGAUCGAAUUGGUUGGACGAUGGCUGAACAAGCGAACCCCUCAAAGCGUGGGCCAAGCCUCGGUUAAUGGCGCUUUUGUGAAAAAGGCUGAAGACAUGCUUGCUAGCAUUGCGCUAUUGACCUUGUACAAACUUCUAGAUGCUAAAGGCGAAGAAUGGCACAUGCAUCUUUCUGGUAUCCAACCUUUGUUUGACUCUUUCCUGCGGAUUCAUCAAAAGGGGUCGGUUCCGUUUCCUCAUGGCAUUCGAGCCUCUUUCUGGAAUUUUGUGAGACAGGACUACCUCGGAAGCUAUUUCGCUCGCUCCGAGACACAUCUUGACCCUCAAAAUCUUCCUUUGUGGCGGGCAGCGGGCAUCAAAUUCGAUGAUCAAGAGAAGUUACAUGCAUUGAACAGCGGGUCAACUAGUCUAAUACUAGAAGAUCAAGCUGCGAACGGUCUAUCAUGGCUUAUUUCAAAAGUCGCCAAUUUCCUCGCUAAGUCGAAGCAAUCUCAAAUGGCUCAAUGGACUGGAUCUCCACCAAACAACUUACCAGGGUCUCCAGGCUCGCCGUCUGGCUCUAGCGAGCACUCCUAUCCUAACACGAAUACCUGGCUCGACCUUUGUUUCGAGUUUCAAACGUGGUUCGAAGGUGUCCCGGAGACUUUCCGCCCAUGCGUACGCAUCGAACACCCCAGAGACCUUGCCAAGCCAGAGAGUGGCCAACUACCGUUCCCGGAGGUCUUCUUUAGCUUAGCGACCUGUGCUGUCACCAUGCAGCAUUAUCAUUUCGGAAGAAUCGCGCUCCUACUUAAUCGCCCACCAGACACUGUCAGCGCUCCAAGCACCGCCUUUGACCGGUUACAAGGAUAUCGUGAAGUUACGAAGGAAGUGGAGUAUCGCAGCCGUGAAGUAUGUGGCAUCGCUUUGGGACGUCCUCAGGGAGAGGUGCGUGUGUAUAUGGUGCCACUAUUGUUUGCCGUCGGGCAAUGUUUGGAAGGUGCCGAUGAGCGCAAAAUCAUCGUGGACCUGUUGCGGGGUGUGGAGGCGGAUCUGGGCUGGGCCACUGAAUUUGCAGUCCAGAGUCUCCAAUCAUCUUGGAGUCGAUGA